UGCACGUGCUACUUGUGUAGGUGCGGGUUGCUGCGCGGCGGUGGCGCUGGGAUUGGCUGGCUGCUUGGAUCAGCUGUGACUCAGUUCCCCUGAGCCCCUCUGGGCAGUUCUUUCCUCUGGCCCGUUUAAAUCCGCGAUGGAACAAGCGGCUCUGCUCAGCUUUGUUUUCCUGCUGCGCGUUGCUCUGGUGGUGUGUCGUUGCCCUCUGCAGUGCGUUUGCCCCCCUAGCCUGCCCCAUUGUGCUCCCGGGGUCAGCACGGUGCCUGAUGGCUGCGGGUGCUGCAAAGUGUGUGCCAGGCAGCUGAACGACAACUGCAGCAAGCACUGGCCGUGUGACCCCCACAGGGGGCUGGAAUGCAACUUUGGGGCAGACCCCUUGGCCAGCAAGGGCAUCUGUCGGGCCAAACGGGAAGGCCGGACGUGCGAAUACAACGGGCGGAUCUACCAGAAUGGUGAGAACUUCCAGCCCAGCUGCAAGCACCAGUGCAGCUGCAUUGAUGGUGCUGUGGGCUGCCUGCCCCUCUGCCCCCUGGAGCUGCCCCUGGCCUCCCUCAGCUGCCCUGACCCACAGCUGCUCAAGGUGCCUGGCCAGUGCUGCAAGAAGUUCGUGUGCGGCAAGGGAGUGAAGAGGUUUGGGGAGGCCUCCUUUGAGGGCGGGGAGACCAAAAGCAACGAGCUCAUCUAUGUGGGCAAGGACCAGCACUGGAAAAAUCUGCCGGCCUGGCCACCUCUGUUCAAGGCCCAUUCUGUGCUGAGGAAAUGCCUAACCCAGAACACGGACUGGUCUCCCUGCUCCAAGACCUGUGGCCUAGGUGCCUCCACCCGAGUCACCAACAAAAACCCCCAGUGCAAGCUGGCCAAGGAGACACAGCUGUGUCAGAUCCGACCCUGUGGCCAGCCUGACUUCACCAAGCUGAAGAAGGGCAGGAAGUGUCUCCGGACCCACAAGGUGCAGGAGCCGGUGCAUUAUACCUACGCCGGGUGCAAGAGCCUCCACAAGUACCAGCCCAGCUACUGCGGCUCGUGCCUGGACGGGUGCUGCUGCGUGCCCCUGCACACCCGCACCCUGGCCGUGCCCUUCCGCUGCUCUGAUGGGGACUCUUUCACACGCAACGUCAUGGUGAUCCACUCGUGCCAGUGCGGCCCGGCCCACUGCCAGCCCCUCAACAAGGCUGCCGUGCACCCCCAGCAGCGGCUAGAUGGAGACAUGCACAAGUUCCUGGAGUGAGCGGUGCCAGCACCCCAGAGCGGGUGGGGGUCCUGGUGAUGGUGUAGGAGGAGGGAUACUCCCCACUCAAAUGACACUUUAAGGCCUUGGAUCUCAGCCAUAGAUUGGGGGCCUCUAAGAUAACAGGUGGGGGGCAGGAGUGGGGAAGCUAUUGACCCACAUGGCAGCCCCUUUCUAGCCUGUAUUUCUGCCCGUGUCCACUCCUGCCCUCCACUUCCUGUCCCAUGGUACAUCUUUCCACCUGUGCCCCUCUGUGUCCCCCACUUCCACUUCCUACCCCAUGGAACCCUGCUGUGCAUCCCCACUUCCUCCUGGGGGUGGGGGAAUCUCACCCACAUCUACCACCACCCCCAACCUUGCUACCUGGAGUCCCCUCCAGACUGGCAUGCUGUCUGCCUCUGCCCUGUGCACACUCACUGCCCCCUGGUGGUGAGCCCCCCCAUGGACACCCUCUCUGUCCCUGGUGGAAGACAGUAGGUGUCAUUUGAACCACAUGGCGGCUAUAGACAGCUGCCCCUACCCUCUAAUAAUCCAAAAGGCUCUUCUCUCUUCCCCCCCAGCCUCAUUAAAGCACUUUUAAUUAUACCCUGGAUGCCAAGAGGCAAGGGGCCGGUAGUCCCAUGGGAAGGAUGCAUUGGAUUCAUGCCUGCUCUGUCACCCCUUGCUGGGUAGCUUUAUACCCAUAGGCACAACAGUGUUGCACAGGGGGGAGAAUUGUUUGUUUCUUUGACACACACAGAUUCAAACUCAGCUUGGAGCGAUGGCUGUUGGCUUUGUAACGAAGCCCAUAUCAUCUAUCCCCUACCUUGUUUAAAAAAAUAAAUAAAUUCAGGCAUAGUUAAUUCUCUCCCCUUCUCUCCUCCCCCAUACUGUUUAUAGUGACUUGCCAUGAUUGCAAGUCUUUUCUCUCUUGCUGGUGGAUAUAAUUGCUUUGUGAGGGGAGGGGAAUUCCCAGACACCCUGCAAACUUGUAUCUCCAUCAGACUGUGUCCUGCUCCAGCCCCCCUCAAAUAAAAAAAAAAUAUUGGAAGGGAGUUUAGAAGCUGGUCUUCUGCUCCAGUCCCUGGCUAGAUAGCCAGCUGCAAAUGUCAGAUCAGGAUCCACCAAACUCUAAAGUUUACUGGUCUUCUGAACUACACCACCAGACCAGCUGUCUCUUCCCUGCUUCAGGAAGACCAGUUCUCUGCUUAGUUUCUCUUAGAACAGGAAUGGCAUAUGAGGGAAGGGCAGCUUUGUUUCUCUCAAACUCCUCUGGGAUUGGGAUGGGGGGGGGGGUUAUUUAUCCAGGAUCUCCCCUUCAGUGCAUCUAACUAAGCCUGGCAGCAUUUGAUUUUAAUUUCAAUAGAUAAUGGUAGUUUGCGGUGGUUUUUUCAGUUUUAAAUUUUCCCAGUUGUGGGACACUAUGGGGGGGGUCAGAUGCUAAUUAAUUACAAGUAUCAGAGGGGUAGCCAUGUUAGUCUGGAUCUGUAAAAGCAGCAAAGAGACCUGUGGCACCUUAUAGACUAACAGAUGGAUUGGAGCAUGAGCUUUUGUGAGUGAGUCCAAAGUGGGUAUUCACCCACAAAAGCUCAUGCUCCAAUAUGUCUGUUAGUCUAAGGUGCCACAGGACUCUUUGCUGCUUUUAAUUAAUUACAGUAGCUGUUGAGAUUCCAAAAAGUUAAAGUUUGUUCACCAUUAAAACACAAAUGGCCAACUCCCCCUGUUAAACUAUAUACAGGAAACUGCCCGAAAUCAAAGUCGGAGAGUGAAGCAGCAUUUUUCAGCCAUGGCCAAUCAUCACUGAUAACUGAAAUGUACCGAAGCAAUGUUUUUGUGGCUGGUGCAAUUCAUGUUUACUGAGACUUAUUGAUGGAAAUUGAAUCCUUCCAAGCCUACAUGUAACCCACCCUGAGCAGCCUUGUCGCCCUUUCAUGCCUGAACCAUGUAUAGAGACUCAUAAAUGCUACAGAGCAGUCAGUAGAUUCUCCUGCUUCUAGAGUCUCUGGUGCCACCCCCGCUGGGGACAUCUCAGUAGAGGCAGCCUCCCCCUUGUCUUGAGAGGUUAAACAGCUACUAGAGAGUUAAUUGAGCUUGGUAGCCUGGGGGGUGGGGGGCGUAGAAAGUCUGUUCUAUGUCCAGGUCAGUUGCUACCUCUCAGCACAGCUGUUUCUGUGUCUAAAGUGUACAGUGCCCUGUUCAUAAAUAUGUAUUUAUCUCAGUGUAUUCUAUAUGUAUUUAUCACAA